AUGACUAUCGACCGAUCAGUCGACGACGAGAGUCUCAAUCUUAAACGACAGUACUUGACAUGCGAUCCAACGAAAAAGAAGCGUAGGGGAACAGAUAUCACCACUUACUACCGGUGUUUCCAAAACUACUACCAUUCCCAACAAUAUUUGAUGCCGAAUCCGGAAUAUGCUCCUAGAGUAGCCAUUUCCGUUCACCAUUGGCAGUUACGAGAUUUGAUUCGUCACAACGGCCAAGAUGAUGUCUUAUACAUAUCCAAAGACUCCGUGCGGGCCUACAACGAACGAAACCAUGUUUCUCGAAUGUUUAACCAUGCGAAAUUCUAUCCUCGGUGUCUCGACGUUGGCUCCAAUGGGGCUGUGUUAAUAGGAGGACUUCUAUCCAGUGUUGAUGCCACUGGCACUACCAAUAUAAGUUGUUUGACACUGAACCUACUCAAUAAUAAUGUUGGUGAUAAUGGUAGCGUUAAUGGUAAUAAUGCUGUUACUCGAGGCAUAGCUAGUACAUUCCAUCGUGGCAUGGUUACCCGAAUGAUACCUCCUUAUUCCUCUAAGAGAACUGCUAAGGGUUUACUCACUUACUAUAACCCGGAAACAAAUAUCGAUGCCACCUACCGGUUGGGAGACAUGAUCAAUAACGAUGUCAUGCUUCAUCAACGCUCAGAUGGCCAUCUCAGAGCGUAUGCAUGCAAUAACGAUACCCGGUUAUAUGGUGUGGACAUCCAAUCCAGUGGUAAAAUGAACGUCAUCCAAUCUUCCAUUGUGGAAUCCAAUACUUCAAUAAACUCAGUCAUCAGUAAUCCAAUGUUUGAUAAGCUUUUAACUGUUUCGGGUGAUUCUUCUAAUAUCCAUUUACUUGAUACCAAUUCACCUAAAAAGAUCAAGUGCAUCAAGACUUCGCAUGACUCAGGGUUUGGUAUGGCUUAUCAUCCAAAUAACGUGGUGUUUGCAACUUGCUUCCAAGAUGGGUUCUGUUCACUUUAUGAUAUUCGUAAUUUGGAUUCACCAUUAACAGAAAUCAAGUCGACUCGUCAAGGUCAUCAGCUGGGAGCUUUUAGAUGCUGUAAAUUCUCCUCUCUGUCGAUUGAAAAUAUGCUCGUGAUCCUGGAACACAUAGGCAGAGUCCAUGUUAUUGAUUUAAACGAUUUGGAAAAUAAGAACCAUCAAGUCAUAGUGUUGCCUCAGGCUUUAGUGCAAUAUGCCGAGUACCGAAACAAAUUAAGAAGUUGUGGAGCAGAUACUGAUACUGAUACCGAUGAUAAUGAUAAUGAAAAUGUUAACCAUAAUGAGAACCACAACACGGGCAAGAAUGAUGAAAUGAUUGAGAAACAUCAUCCCAUGUCUGUAUAUGAUGCUCUGGAAGGUAAUUUUUCAGCACCAUUAGUAUAUGACUAUGAUUAUCUUGUCAAUGUUAAUCCCAAACUCUUUAAGAAUUACAAUUUCCCAACUUCUUCUGCAACGACCACCACUUCAAGUUACAGCGUAACUAACUUGGAACCACAAGUUGAUUUUGUCUUACCCCAGUGGUAUGGAACUCCCGGACACCCACAUGUUUGUGAGGAUCCCGAGCUUUCUCCUACAACCCCACUAAGUGCAACACAGUAUACUGAUCCUACAAACACUCCCAUCACAUCUGUGGCAACUCCUAUGGCUGUUCUGCCCGUGGGAGGGGAUGAUUGGAAGUGGCAACUGUCGCAGUAUCAAAUGAAUGGAGAAACAGAGUUAGCCGGGCUUGAUUGGCACAAUAAUAAGAUUUACAUUGGACAUCAAGAGGGAGGAAUUAUGACAUGGGAAGUGAAUGCCACGUCUUUACGUAGUCGUGGGUGUUAUGCUUUUGCUUAG